CUUCCCCUCGGAUUCCGGCUGCCUUCUCCUGCGCCCCGUCGCUCUGAGGCGUCCGCCCGGCUCCCCUUUUGCGCGCGGCGACGCUCUUUUCCUCCCCCCUCCCCGGCCGGCGAGGUGCUCGCCGCCGUUCUAGUCGUCGUCGCUGCUGCUGCUGGUGCUGCUGCUCCGGGCCAGAGGAUGGCCACUGCUCGGAGCGCCUCUUCAUCGCCUUCGCUCCCGGCUGCGGCAGCGCGGAGGGCCGCCCGUGGCGGGAAGUGACCGAGGGAGGCGCGCCGAGGAUCCGAGCGAGCGAGCGCGAGAGACAGAGAGAGGCUGCGGCGAGGCAGAGGGAGGAGGAGACGCCGCCUUCGCCUUUGCGGGGCUGUGUCGGGACUGGCCCCCCUCGACGGGCUGCCGCUGCUCGGCCAUGGAGACGGCGGAGAAGGAGUGCGGGGCGCUGGGCGGCCUCUUCCAAGCCAUAGUCAACGACAUGAAGAGUUCCUACCCCAUCUGGGAAGAUUUCAACUCCAAGGCAACUAAACUCCACUCCCAACUGCGGACUACUGUCCUGGCUGCAGUGGCCUUCCUAGAUGCCUUCCAGAAAGUGGCAGACAUGGCCACCAACACACGAGGAGCGACGAGGGACAUCGGCUCCGCGCUAACCCGGAUGUGUAUGCGGCACCGCAGUAUUGAGACCAAGCUGAGGCAGUUUACCAAUGCCCUGAUGGAGAGCCUGAUUAACCCCCUGCAGGAUCGGAUAGAGGACUGGAAGAAGACGGCUAACCAGCUUGACAAAGAUCACGCGAAAGAAUACAAACGAGCCCGCCAUGAGAUAAAGAAGAAGUCCUCUGACACACUGAAGCUUCAGAAGAAAGCCCGCAAAGAGCUACUUGGUAAAGGGGACCUGCAGCCUCAACUGGACAAUGCACUCCAAGAUGUCAAUGACAUGUACCUCCUUUUGGAAGAAACGGAGAAACAGGCUGUCCGCAAGGCACUCAUUGAGGAGCGAGGACGGUUCUGCACCUUCAUCGCUUAUUUGCAACCUGUGGUGAAUGGAGAGAUCACCAUGCUGGGAGAGAUCACCCACCUGCAGGGCAUCAUUGACGACCUGGUGGUCCUGACAGCUGACCCCCACAAAUUGCCAUCGGCCAGUGAACAGGUGAUCAAAGAUUUGAAGGGCUCUGAUUAUAGCUGGUCUUACCAGACCCCGCCAUCCUCUCCCAGCAGCUCUGGGUCCCGCAAAUCCAGCAUGUGCAGCCUGGCACAGCCCGUCAAUGCCAACACGCGCCUGUCCAGCGUCUCAUCGCAUGACUCUGGCUUCAUCUCCCAGGACGCCAUGUUCUCCAAACCACCUUCGCCAAUGCCCUCGGACCUCACCAGUCAGAAGUCCUCCAGCUCCGCAUCGUCCGAGGCCUCAGAAACCUGCCAGUCUGUUAGCGAAUGCAACUCCCCAACCUCGUGGAAACCCCUGAAUGUAGCUCAUGUGGCCAGGACUGAAGGAAGCUCCAGAAGAAGCCUUAGCCUGGAUUGGUCCAAGGCUGGCCUCUAUGAACAGCCGGUGGUAAGCACACUGCAGCGAAGGAAGGACCGCGUAGAGCAUCUCCGUGAAGCUGAGCUGGGCUCCACCAGCCUGGUAUACCAAGGAAUCAGCUUGGAGGAAGGCUCCAGGCCCCGCAUGUCCCCGGCCUCCAUUGCUGCCAAGCAUGGGGAGGAGGUGUCCCCAGCCGCAAGUGACCUGGCCAUGGUGCUGACCCGAGGCCUGAGUCUUGAGCACCAGAAGAGUAGCCGGGACUCCCUGCAGUACUCCAGCGGCUACAGCACACAAACCACCACUCCUUCCUGCUCUGAGGACACCAUCCCCUCGCAAGGCUCAGAUUACGACUGCUAUUCCGUGAACGGCGACAUGGAAGGGGAGAGCCAGACCGAAUUUGACAAAUCCUCAACUAUCCCUCGAAACAGCAACAUUGCCCAGAAUUACCGGCGCAUGAUCCAGACCAAGCGGCCUGCUUCUACCGCUGGCCUGCCCACCGGCACUGCCCUGCCCACUGGCACCACGCCAGGGGUGGCCACCAUCCGCCGCACACCUUCCACCAAGCCCACGGUGCGCCGAACCCUCUCCAACGCUGGCCCCAUUCCCAUCAGACCCCCCAUCGUCCCUGUCAAGACGCCGACAGUGCCUGACUCUCCUGGGUACACCGGCCCCACCCGGGUGGGCAGCGAGGAAUGUGUGUUCUACACUGAUGAUGCCUCACCAAGCGCCAUGGACUUUGCCAAAGCCUCGCCCAAGAGGCUAAGCCUGCCAAACACCGCCUGGGGCAGCAACGUGAUGGAGAUCUCUGUGUACGCCGGGAAGCACCUCUCCACCGAGGAGGAGGAGCAGCAGCUGGCAGCCAACCGGCAUAGCCUGGUGGAGAAGAUUGGGGAGCUGGUGGCCAGUGCCCAUGCCCUUGGCGAGGGCCAGUUUCCCUUCCCCACGGGGGUCUCUGCCCUUGGUCCCGGGGAAGAGACACCCACUCCUCCCCCGGCGGCCUCCAGCGACCCUCCGGCAGAAGACAUGCUGGUGGCCAUCCGGCGUGGGGUGCGCCUUCGCAGGACCAUCACCAAUGACAGGUCAGCACCCCGGUUUUUGUGAUGGACUCUUCCCCAGCGCCUGCUCAGUGCCCACCCUGCGGCUGGAGAGCAACCAGUCAGGACUAAACCAGGGGAAAUGGAAGAGAAGUAAAUGAACCACAAAAGGCAAAGCCACUUUAUGGAGAUCGUGUCAGUCUAGAAAGGAGACUAAUCUAUACGCCUUUGUUAACAAACCUGCACGGGCACAGCCUGGCACUGAACUGGUUUUGGAGCCUCUUUUAUACACAUUGUUUUUCCAUCUGCUGCCCUGUCCAGGUAUCCUUUCCCUUCCUGCACCUUCCUUCAUCCUGUCCUGCAGAGACCGGUUGCUGCUGCUGCCACAAGGAGGAAGGCUAUUCCCUUGCUCCACAAUUAUCGGGGAGGAGUGAAAACCUGAACUGGAUCUAGCAGCUACAGUGUUCUUAGUAUAAACUACACACACUUGCAUAUGACAAAGAAAUGGAGGCUGCUGUUCCUAGAGAGCACCCACCUCUUCCGGACAAAAAAAUGCAGUUAGUCCUGUGCUGAAUCCUUCCUUCACAGCUGUCUGUCUGUCUGUCUCUCUUUCCAGUUAUUUUCUGUUUGCCAUCUGUUUGUAUCAGCUACUUCAAGAAAGACUUUACAAGCAGCAGUUAACACCCCAUGAACAAUCCCGGAAGCCUGUCUUGUGUUCCCAGGUGGAUCCCAAAUGCGCAGCUGGAGGAGGGGGUGCAAGGGGCAGGGAGUGGACAACCUACAGGCUUGUCACCAGGCAGGAGGGCCCAAUCCCCCCCCCCAAACAAGAGGCUGAGUCGCAGCCACAGACUUACCGGCCUCCGUGGCUCUACUGGGAGCAGAGUGGGCAGGUUGGUUAUAUUCGGGAAGAGGAUUGUGCUCUCGUCCCAAGUGGGCUAGGAGCUCUGCAAUCUGAGAGGCCGAGGGUUGGGCUGCUGUUGACCUGCCCUCAGUGCCACUUCAGGACUGGGCUUGAACCUUUUGGUAAGAGCAGUGGCUAUGGUUCUCCCUUGAAGGUGGGUUGGAGGGAGCAGAAUUGGCAGUGAUGGAAAGGUGAAGGUGGACAGCUGUUGCUCUGGAAUAGCUGUAGCUAAGUGGAUAUGGGCUAAAAGAAGGCUUUUUGUCGAUGGUAGUGGAGGACUCUGGUAACCUUAGAGGGUUUUGAAAGCAGGGUGUGUGCAAAGACCAAGGGUGUCUGCUCUUGAAUUCUCCUACAACCAUCUGGCAAGGCCAAAGGUUGUCAAACUGAUGCUCACAAGUUCUGGUGUCACUGGAAAGGCUGUAGCGGAGUGGUAGAGCACCUGCUUGGCAUGCAGAAGGUCCCAGGUCCAACUGUUGGCAUCUCCAAAUAAGAAUAGAAAAAUCUUUGUUGUGGGAGGCUUCUGCCAAGCAGUGUUAGGCAAGGCUGAGUUAGGUGGAGUGCUGGGUCUUGGCCAGGUAUGGGCAUGGUUAUGACUAAAUCUGAGAGUGUGUGGCAGGGCACCUCUUCUAACAGCAUCAAAAGGGGCCCCAUUUUGUCAAUAUUGGGUGGAUACUUUGAAAGGGGUAAAAAGUAUAUGCAGAGAAGGAAAUAGCUGAACCAACCCUCUUGGUUCGUUCAUUUACCUUUGGCGAUGUUGCUACUACUUAGCCAGGUCUGAUAUACGGUUAACCACAUCCCAUUCAUGGUACGACUCCCCAAUUCACCCUGACCUGCUCAUGAAAUUAGAGCCCAUUGCUGUUAAAAAAAGUGCCCCAGCAGAAAGUGAGGAAAGAAUUGCCACAAGCAGGCUUUAAAAUGGGGGCAGAGGGGAUUUACAGAAACAGACCAGCUCCCUUCUUCUGGUUUUGGCCUCUAGAUCUAUAAACAGAUGAAUAUUCAGCACAGCUGUUUCCUCUGUGCUUGGAGCUGAAGGAGCAUGAGUUGAAUGCACAGCAUCAUCACUCAGCUUCCCCCAUUUUGGAUUGCAGCUCCAGCUUGGGCCAUGCAGCUGCUGUAAGAAUAUCCACAUUUCUCACUGUUUCAGGCCAGGAAUGGAGAACCUUUCACCUUCCAAUGUUAUUAAGACUCCCAUCGAUGCUGACCAUGGGCUAGGCCAACUUCUGGGCCUGAUGGGAGUUAAGAGUUCAGCAGGGCUGGAGUUUAGAGCAAGCAAGCCAGGUAGUCAGAAGGAACAUACAUACAAAUUGUGCCUAUCACCUUUUUACGCUGUUUGCUUACUUCCACCUGCCCCCCAAAUUUGGAACGUACCUGCCUAUUCUGCCCUGCAGAAACAACUUGUUAAGGGUUUGGAUAAAUUCAUAGUUUAUUUAUAUUAGUUAUGUAAUGCAACUGUUUAACAACUGCUUAUACCCAGAUCUGGAGAGUGCAAGAGACUUGGCUCUACCUUGUGCUCAGCCUGAUAUUGUCCCAGAAAGUCUAGAAAUCGACUGUUGGCGAAUGGAAAGUGAUGUUGGGAAAGGGGACAGUCUUGAAAGAAAGAGAAAGUGAUGGGGAAAGUCGGUGGCUGGGAAUUAAGGUCUAAGGUGAGAGGGAAAGAGGGAGAGGCCUUUCCCUGUGCUUGACUAGGAAUCAGAGAAUUGUAGAGUUGGAAGGGACCAUGAGGGUCAUCUAGUCCAACCCUUUGCAAUGCAUAAUUUUUUUGUCCAACAUGGGGCCUGGGUUAUGAGUCUCAUGCUUUACAGAUCAAGCUUCCUUGACAAAUGAGGGUCCCUUAAACGGCCCCUGCUGCAUAACCUCCACCUUUUGUGUUUGUUGGGCUCAAGAAUGAGCAUGUCUUGCUUUUCUCUCCUGGGAUUGUUGAGUAUCCAAGGAUCACUGAACAGCACAGAUGUAGCACAUACGGGGUAGCUAAAGUAGGGGAGGCAGAGCUCAUGCUAGACAUUAGGGGCUUCCUUUGUCUUUGGACUGGCCAGGCAUUCGAGUGCAGAGCUUACCCAUGCAAAGAAAAAAAAUGAAAGAUGGGCUUGUGACAGUUAUUCCAAGAGAAAUGCCACCAAGUUUCUCAUAGCAGCAGCACGGUGGACAGCAACCCUUUCUAAAGUAGAGAGAGAGCACAGUUCUGCAUAGUGUAGAGUGUUGUGUGGUGAAGCACGAGCAAAGCACAGCGGUGGUGAAUA